AUCGUGAUGCCCACAUCUUACUGCACACUUACCAGUAACGUGAUCUACAUUGAGCUGAUCAAGCGACUGCUGGAGGAUUUGCACUAUCUCAACGUGGUGGAGACCUCGGACGGCCAAAAUCCCUCGGUAACGGCUCUCCAGUGCACGCUGGACGGUUUGAAGCAACCACUCACGCUGUACACCGUUGACAAACUGCUGAAGCAGGUGUACAAGCGCAAGAUGUCCGAGAACAGUCUGGACAUCAAUCCGUACUCACAUCUGGAGGGAUUCCUAAGCCGAGCAACGUUCGAGGUCUUUAUGGACAAACUGAUCCCUGGGGCUGCCCAGUUGAAUCCGAUUGCUAAGCUGGUUCUGGUUGGUUACCGACUAACCCAGGAAGAGAUAUUGAGAUUGUUUCGUCGGGCGUGGAUCGACUACCGGGUGCCGAACAUGUUCGUGCUGAACCGAGCCGACGACGCCAGCAUCGAGUCCUGCUUGCUGAACCCGUACCGCACCGAACCGGGCACGAUCGACGAGCGGAACUUAGAGUGUGAGGUGAUUGUGGACUUGAAAGAUGUGGCCGAUUACGUGGAGUUUGUGCAACAGUUCCUGCACGAUCGUGUGCACAGCUUGAACAAAUUUCCACUGAAAAUUGCCAUCGCGGAUAUUGACCUGAUGUCGUUGGCUGUGCGUGGUCCGCAGGGAAAGAUCCAGCGGUUCACGUAUUUGGACGGAGAGAUUGUGGAAAUCAUGCGACAACACUUGAACUUUACCACCGAGUUUGUUAUUCUUCCCAGCCAGCUGUCGACGGGGUUUGUCUAUCCAAACGGAUCGCUCGGGGGUUCACUGGAACUGAUCGAGAACGGUCAAAUCGACCUGGCGGCGAACUCGCGAAUCAUACACAGCUACAACUGUAGAAACUUACAAUAUCUGCGGCAGCUAACUACGACAAAGUUAAUCUUCAUAGUCCCACAGAACUACUACAACUCGCGCAGCAGAGAUCGCGUCUUCUUCAACACGUUUACUUGGAGUUUUUACGCGGUGAACAUCAUUCUCGCUACAACGGUCCCCCUACUGUUGAAGCUCAUCGAUCGUCAAAACAAGUUCCCCGGAUUGAUGAUGCACACCCUGGCGGUUACCUUAGCUGUGUCCACUAGACUCCCUACCCGCAUCCACGCCCGAUUGAUCUUCUCCGGAAUCCUGCUGUACACGAUCAUAACCUACUCGAUUUGGCAAGCGAUCAUCAUCAAACGUCUGAACACGAACAACGAUCACCUCGACGACAUACAAAAGAUCGAUGAACUGCUCGAUUCCGAGCUGGUGCCCAUGAUCCCGGUGGCGUACGCUACCUUCAUCCAACCAGCCCGUAAAGAAGUCCAAGAUCAAGACAUACCGUACAAAAAGCUCUCGCGAAAGUCCUCCGUAGCCGGCAACAACAUAACCGGAGCUGCCCUGAUCGCGACCAUGCUCGCUUCCCGAUCGACGGCCGUGAUGAUCCACGAUCUUAGAGCGGGUGUGGUGAAGGCGAGGUUCUACGACGACGAACGUAUGCAGAGUUUGAUCCACGUGAUUGGCGAGCACGUGUUCGAGUUCUACACGGCCAUGGCGCUGCCCAAGGAUUCCCCGCUGUUGGAACCUCUGAAUGAGAUUACGGUUCGCUGCGUGGAGGCCGGAAUCGUCGAGAACGAGCUGAGCCGGAUUCAGUUCAAGGAAACGCUGUACAUGAUCGAGAAGAACCGGGACCAGCACCGGAUGGGCCUGGACGCCGGAGCGCGGAGGUUCAAUUUGGGCGUUUGGAAGAAUGUGUUUUACUACUAUCUUGUGUUGAAUGGGUUGGCGCUGGUGGUGUUUGUUCUGGAGCUGAUUGUACACAAGAGGAUGAAGCCGCUGAAGAAGCGGCGAGGUGAAAAAGAGCUUGGACCGUUGAGGUUGAGGAGCAAAAGAAGGGUCAAGUUUGCCGUAGGCAAAAUGGAGUGA